UGGUGGCAUAGAUGGGUAUUCUAGAAUGAUUGUCUUCUUAAGAGCAUCAACAAACAACCAAGCAUCUACUGUAAUGGAAUGCUUUAGGGAUGCUGUUAAUCAGUACAACUUACCUUCACGUGUGCGUACUGAUUUAGGGUUAGAGAAUAUUGAAGUUGCUCGAUUUAUGCUUCAAUAUCGUGGUCUGAAUAGAGGCAGCUGCAUAACAGGUACAUCUGUUCACAACCAGCGUAUUGAACGACUUUGGCGUGAAGUUAACUCAAUUGUGUGUAGUCGUUUUAUCAAUAUUUUUGCAUACCUUGAAACUCUAAUUCUAGACACUAAUAAUGAAAUUCAUUUGAUUGCAUUACAUUUGGUGUACAUCCCACUCAUUAACAAUGCACUGCAGAAAUUAAGUGAAUCGUGGAAUUGCCAUUCUUUGAGCACCGAGGGAAAUCUUAGCCCAAGGCAGCUUUGGGUACAAGGAAUUGUUGCUAAUCAAAAUAGUGAUUUUAGUGCUGUGACUAGCAUUCGAGAUGGGUUACAAAUAGAUUGGAAUGAGUAUGGAGUUGAAGAAGAUGGCCCAGUUUCAGAAUUGCAGUCAAAUUAUCGUGUUAGAGUGCCAUCUUCAACAGUAUGUUUAACAGAAAAUCAUGUUGAACACCUAAAUAAUAUUGCUCAGAGACUAAGGGGGGCAGGAGACCAAGAUGGACUGAUAGCUUUUUUAGUUGUAUUGGACAACAUUCAGCAACAUAGUUAGAUAUAUUUACUACUAAAAUGACUGAGCUGAUCAUAUCCAAUACAAGACUUUGUUAAGAAGCAUUUAAAAUGCAAUAGAUAUAGUAACUUUUAAGUUCAGCACUAAUAGUGUAAAAGUCAACAUACAAACAGUUUCAAAUCUAACAAAA